AUGGCAAACGAUGCUUUCCGAGAUACCAAGAUACUAACUUACAAGGGGGUUACCAAAGGUCUACCGGGGGUUGAAGCUCCUUCCACAGUGUCUUUGGACCAGGGUGCCACACGCUUCUUUGCUGCACUGCGUACUGUGGCAGUGCCGGAUGCUGGCAAUCUGCUCACUGUGGGCAGUGGCGACGUGUCUUUCCUACUUCACAACCCAAACUACCAGCUGUAUGUUCGGAAGUGCUAUCCGGACCUCUUCUAUGCCCUCUACGAGUCGACAAGCAAGAAGCAUGUCGGCUACCAGUGUGUACAGUUAGGACCCAAUGCACAUGGUGACUGCAUCAUCAUCAUUGUAUGCACCAUUGUGUGUUCUUGA